ACCUACUACCACCUACUACAUCUAUUAUAAUCUGCUACCAUCUGAUAGAUCUACUCAUUUAUUUUAUCACAUGGCCAACGUAUAGAUGCAUGCCGCCAAACAUACCAAGAACACUUGAGUCUUUGCUCAGGUAACAUCUUCCCGACCACGAGUUUCAGCGAAAAUAAUGGGCGAUCUCUUGUCUUGGCGAGGCCUUGGGGCAAAGAGAAAAACGGAUGGAGGAUUCGUUGUGCUAUCGACCAGUAACACCAUUGUUUCUGAAACCCUGAAAUGUCUGCAAUUUCCCCAUUUCGUGAAGCAUAGGCUUUUAGGCCGCUGCAGAUAUUUGGUCUACAACUUCGGCAAGGAAAAAGAAAGCAAGCACUACAAAGCGAUCCUCAAAUCUCUCAACGCCGGAGAAGAGGCGCAUUUCGCAUAUGUGGGAUUCGAUGCGAAUAUGAGGGGACCAGUGUUUGCCUAUAAGAAAAAACCGAAGAAGGGGGCCGAUGAUCCAACGGACGACGAAGGAGGGGAGUCAGACCUACUGCUAUUCAACAUGAAGGGAGUUGUGCUCACGUUUGAACCUCUCCAUCAAGUGGUGGGUCAGGGUUUCUUGCCUCACUACUCCGUGACGUCGCCGGCGAACUGUAUAGCUGUGAAGAGAUACGUUGGUGGGAAGUCGCUGCAGACUUUCAUUCCCGCCACCAAUCUGAGAAGGAAAUACUUGAACGGGGCGAAGGACCUUGGGGUACGAUUGCAGCAGGGAAAGAAUGUCGUACCUCCUCAACUAGUUCCCAUCUCCAGGGAGGACAAUACGGUUGAAACUGAGGAUGGUGCCCCCCGCGUGCGCCAAAGAUCUUGCAACGCCUCCCUAAUUUGGCGGUCGCUCAAUGCUCCCUCUGGAUAUCAGCUCAAACUUGUGUACGUCAAUGCACUCGACAUCCCACAAGCGUUGAUCACCAUCUUGGAAGAUUUCGCCAAGAAGUUUCCCAAUGAUCAUCUGACGAUGCCCUUGAUGAUUACCGCUUCUAUCUUUAACAGAGGAUCGCCAUAUAUACUUACAUAAAGAUAUACCUACGUCUACUACGUCUACUACGUCUACUACGUCU